CACAUCCUACGUCAUCCUGUUCUGCUGAAAUUGUAACACAUAUUUAGUCGCUCUAGAGUCGAACACACAUUUACACCUUUAACCUGCACCUUUAACACACACAUGACUUUUGUCACACACUCGUGAGCUACUGUAAGUUAAGGAUGAUUGAAUCUAGUCACAGCUCCAUCUAUUCCAUCUUCUGCUGCUGUUGUUCUUUAGAGUCCCGCACCAGCACACAUGUGGAUAUGAACUCCAGAGAUGAACACAAACCUACACCCUACUCAUGCAGAACGGAGCGCUCGAUGAAGAAGCUGCCUCCUCCUCCUCCUCCAGUGGACAGCUCUGAGCAGCAGGUGAUGGUCGUCGCUAUGUACGAUUUCACUGCGAGUGAGAGUUCAGACCUGAGCCUGAGGAGAGGAAACAAGUACAAGAUCCUCCACAAACAGGACCAGCUGUGGUGGAAAGCAGAGGACCAACAAGGGAAUAAAGGCUUCAUCCCGAGUAACUAUGUCACAGAGAAACACAACAUAGAGGCUAAUGAGUGGUACUGUAAGAGCAUUAACAGGUCUAAAGCUGAACAUAUGCUAAAACAGGAGGAUAAGAAUGGUGGUUUUAUUGUAAGAGAGUCCAGCCAGCCAAAUCGCUACACAGUGUCUGUGUACACCAAGGCCAAAAGUGAGAGCCUGGGCGAUGUGAAACAUUAUCAGAUAAAGCAGACAGACACAGGAAAGUUCUUUCUGGCAGAGAAUUACAUCUUCAGCUCCAUCCCUGAGAUGAUUAAUUACCACAAACACAAUGCCGCAGGUCUUGUAGCACGAUUGCGUUAUCCUGUUGGCUCAAUGGAACAGUAUGUCCCUACUACUGCAGGGUUUAGCUCAGAUAAGUGGGAGCUUGACCCAAGUGAACUGACCUUCAUGAAGGAGCUUGGCAGAGGAGAAUUUGGAGUGGUGCGACUGGGAAAGUGGAGAGCGCAGCACAAAGUGGCCAUUAAAGCCAUCAGAGAGGGAGCCAUGAGUGAAGAGGACUUUAUAGAGGAGGCCAAAGUGAUGAUGAGGCUGUGUCACCCUAAGCUGGUACAGAUCUAUGGUGUGUGUACAAGGCAGAAACCACUCUGCAUUGUGCUCGAGUUUAUGGACAAUGGCAGUCUUCUUGAGGUACUGCGUCACCAUGGCAACAAUCUGGAGUGUGUGCAGCUAUUGUCCAUGUGCGAGGAUGUGUGUGAGGGCAUGCAGUACCUCGAACACAACAACUUCAUACACAGAGAUCUGGCUGCAAGGAACUGUAUGGUGAAUGCGAACAACGUGGUGAAAGUCUGUGAUUUCGGCAUGGCAAGGUACGUGUUAGAUGAUCAGUACACAAGCUCGAUGGGCUCCAGGUUCCCAGUGAAAUGGUCUCCACCUGAAGUUCUGCACUACAACAAGUUCAGCAGCAAAUCUGAUGUCUGGUCCUUUGGUGUGUUAAUGUGGGAGGUGUUCUCUGAAGGACGCACUCCAUUUGGGAACCGUCUGAACGCUGAGGUUGUGGACGAGGUGACACAGGGAGUGCGACUGUACAAACCGCACAAAGCACCAACUAAUGUAUAUGACAUCAUGUACGAGUGCUGGCAUGAGAGGCCUCAGGGUCGGCCCUCGUUCUCCAGCCUGCUGCAGAGCAUUAAAAACAUCACUGAGGAUUUCACGCUCUAGAUGAGACAUGAACAUUAAUUGUGCAAUAACACACAACACCACAGCUACACACCAAUGGCUGUAUAUAAGUGUGAUCAGCACCGUGACUCUUACUCACAUUGUGUGAGUCUGAAGCCUUCCACCCUGCGCUCAAUGUGCUCACCUCAGUCUGUCAGAGAAUUUUGGCAGAUUUACUGAUUUUUUCCUUUUGGCUAGAAAUGUUUUUAGAGCUUUGAGUCAUAAGUGAGUUAUUAUUUAUUAACCAACUUAUAUUACCCACCAUUUUCAUCAAGCAACACAAUAUACAUGAGUAUAUAAUAGUUACACAAGUUCAAAUCUAAAAAGCAGUCAAAAUGUACACUAAAUUAAAUGAUGCUAAAAUGAUAGCAGUAUAAAAACUGUUCUUUUAUUCUCCGCUGGUUCUGUCAGUGGAGUUUGUGUAAAAGGAGGAGACUGGCAAACUUUAGCACACUGCUUCAUGUGCUAACUAAAGUCAACAGGUAAUAAACUCGUAGUAACUGUAGCUAGCGUCAGCUGAGGGAAUGUUAGAACAGUUUAUUACAGAACAGAACUUAUAGUCAGGAGUAAUAGUGACCAAAAUACUGUGCUGUCAGUAUUCUUCAUUUUUGCCUUCAUGUGUAAUGUUCCACAGACGGUCACUAGGGGGCACCAGAGACAUUCUGCUUUCUCUUUUAUACCCACUAAUGAGGUUCAAUCAUAAUCAGUGAAACAUUACACACACACACACACACACACACACACACACACACACACACACACACACACACACACACACACACACACACACACACACACAGAGCUACACACAAAGAGCUACACACAGAUAAACACAGAUCUACACACAUGGACCAACACACACGCACACACAGCUGCACACACAGCUGCACACACACACACACACACACUCACACACAGAGAAUAACGUCUUCAACUGUUUCAGGUUUAUAAAUACCAAAACGCAGAAGUUUUAUUUGUAUAAAUAUAUUUUUGUAAUAAACUGAAUAAAAAACACA